AUGUACGGCAGGAAGCCCAAGUACGACUUGGAUUUGAUCCCGGGACCGUGGACGCAUGCGCUGCCAUUCAUCGGUAAUCUGCUGCAAUUCCUGAGACCCGACUUUCACCGCGUGUGCCUUCGAUGGGCUGACAAGUACGGCGGCAUCGUACGCAUCAAGUUUCUUUGGCACGACGGUUUACUGGUAACCGAUCCCCCGGCGCUGGCGGCAAUCUGCGGGCGAGGCGAGGGCGCAGUGGACAAGGCCGCCAACAUCUACUCCCCCAUUAACCAGAUGUGUACCCCCCACGCCUACCCCAACCUCCUCACCAGUCUGGCAGACGACCGAUGGCGGGCAGUGCGAAAGGCGAUUGCGUUGUCGUUUGCGUUCGGCAAUAUACGCAAGAAGUUCCCGCUCAUUAGGGAUCGUACGGGAGAGCUGUUGGAGUGGUUACGAGGGGUGGGGCCCCUGGAGUCGGUGGAUGUGGACCAGGCGGCUCUGAGAGUUACAUUGGAUGUCAUUGGCCUGAGCGCCUUCGGCCACGACUACGGUUGCACCCGGCUGCAGCAAGUGCCGUACAACCACCUGCUACGCGUCCUGCCAAGGGCCUUCACCGAGGUGAUGCGCCGCAUCGCGAACCCUUUUCGCAGCUUUGCGCCUGGACUGGUCAAAAACGGCAAGAAAGGUUUGACCAGCUUCAAGGACUUCCAGCGGCACAUGCAGGAGUUGCUGGGGGAGAUCAAGGCCCGAGGACCACCCGCCCGGGGAGACGCCGACAUCGGCGCGCAGCUGUACCGGGUGCUGGAGGCGGCGAGGGUGGAGGCGGAGGAGAAGCAGCAGCAGAACGGCAAGUCAGGUCGCCGGUGGUGGUGGCGAAAGCCGAAGCCUGCCAUCACGGACGAGCGCAUCCUGUCCGAGAUCGGCAUCCUGUUCGUUGAGGGUUUCGAGACCACGGGCCACACCAUCAGCUGGACCCUCUUCAAUAUCGCUACGACACCAGGUACGCAGGAGGCCGUGGCUGAAGAGCUGUCCUCCUUGGGGCUCCUGGUCCGGCCCAAGUCGGAGGGGGGUCGCAGCGCCGCACGGCAGUUGGAGCUCGACGACCUGAAGCGCCUGCGCUACCUGACCGCGUGCGUGAAGGAGUCCAUGAGGAUGUACCCCGUCGUGUCCAUCAUGGGCAGGACUACGGAUAAGCCCACCCGCGUUGGACCCUAUGUCGUACCCUCCGGUACCCCCGUGGCUACCGCCCUGUUCGCCAUCCACAACACCAUCCACAACUGGAGGGAUCCCAUGACUUUCAAACCAGAGAGGUGGCUGGAUGUGCCCUUGGAGUCGUACGUCCUGGACAUGCGCGCUAAGGAGGGCAUCCCCAUGAGUGACGGCCCUGCCAGCCCAAUGGCCGGGGAACACGCCGUCGCCGCCAAGAACCAGCACCAGGCAUCAUCCGCGGCGGCGCCGGCGGGCCCCCUCGAGUCCAACGGCAAUAGCGCUGCUGCCGCCGCUGCCAACGGCACCGGUACGACGACACGCAUGCGGACGACGCCUUCCGGGUCGUCCGGAUCGGACGAGUACGACGAUGUCAACGGCGGCGGCGGCGGCGGUGUCGACGCUGACGGCGACCUGCUAGGCGGCGGCGGGGGCGCCGGCCGCCGUACCGGCAUCAGCUUCAUGCCGUUCAGCGAGGGACCCCGAAGCUGCGUCGGUCAGUCUCUCGCUAAGCUGGAGGUGAUGACGGUGUUGGCGAUGCUGCUGGCGAACUUCCGAAUCGAGCUGUCGGAUGAGAUGGGCGGCCGCGAGGGUGUACGGCAACGGGAGAGCACGCACUUGACGUUGCAGACGCGAGGCACCAGAGGCAUCCGAAUGCACCUCCACCCGCGGGACCAGGAGUAG